CUGCUCAAAUCGCCACCAGGAUAUCCAGCCAGGACGGAGGCCCCCUUUUUUUUGUUGUUGUCAUCCAUUUGUAGGUAAAAGACGUACGGUGUUCCCCGUGUGAUAACACAAAAGACUGUGCUGUCCAGUUUGACUGAGUCCACCUGGCUCAGUCAGUCCUCUGCAAAUCAUCGAUUGGAAAGGACAUGGACAGCGUCGACGUUGCGGUGACUAUGCCCGACAGACAGUUGGAAGACCUACUACAAAUGGACGACGAUGAAGACGCCGACCAGAAAACGGCCAUCAAAAUUUUCAACUUGGAAGCGGUGGCCGGCAAAAUCUUCAAUUGCAAAAAGAAAAGUGUCGGGGAAUUCGACGAGGAUGUGGAUGACAAAGGGGCGGACAAUCCACUGGCCGUCCUAGAAGUCGAACUGGAUGCUGAGGACGAAGUCAACAGCGAGAACAUGGCAGAUUGGCUCAAGAAACUUCACAUGCGGACACAGCAUCUGGUCGGCAAAGUCACGGUGAACGGCAUGAGCCGAUUAGCGGCCACAAAUAACGUCGCCACUGCUCUCACACGGUUCAAGGGGAAGGCCCGGGUCGAUAAUUCAGGUAAUCGUGCGUCGUCGGACGGAAAUAGUAAUGGGGACAACAACUCGGCAGAAGAAGGUCAAUCGACAUUCCCUGAAUUGCCUACGACUCCAACCGGAAUUUCUAAAGAUGUUCCGACGGAGAAGGAGAAUCCGAGCAAGGAAAGUGUUGCUGUCCGAUCCAAGAAAGAAAUGAAACCGUCCAGCAAAACGAAGACGGCCAGACGUAAGGAAACGUCUCCCAGCAUCAGUUCAUCCGGAACGAAAGCGUUAACCUCAUCCAGUGAAAUACGUAAAACCGUCAGAACAAAAUCCCAUCCGACUGCUAUUAAUAGUCUUCCGGCUCCGGCCAGAACAGCAGCAGUUGUUUCGUCAUUGAAGACGAACAAAGUCAAAGCCAUCAAAAUAAGCGUCCGCUCGUCCGGCAUUAAAUCCAAGGUUCAUUGAGAAUUUGGACAUCGUCAGACUAAUACUCUUUUUGUGAAUAUAUAAUCUAUAUUAGUGUACUGAUGUCGGGUUGAUUGUUAUUGAUUUGUUUAAAAAAUCGCUGUAAUGCAUUAUAUAUAACUCAGACUGCAUGGUGCUUCCCCGUAGCUAAUUGGACGUUGGUCAUCAGAUAAUUAAGAAUGUAGGAAUUCAGGAUCUUCAUUCAUCACGUCCGUUAUAGAUAUACCCUGCAGUUUCUCAGACUUUUAACCUUUUUGUAUCAUGUAGGAACGAGUAAUAAUAUAAUAAAUAGGGUUGGCAAUCA